AGACGAAAAAAGAAAAGGAAAUUAAAUCGUUUAACCCCCAUCCCUUAAAAACUUUUGUUUUGAGGAUUUGUUGUUAUGUCGUGUUAUAGGGGGAGGCUCCCAGGAUACCACAUCAAGAUUAGAAGGGCUACCCAAGUAUAGAACCAUAUUAAGGGAAGAUUUUAGCUACCAUGUAUUUCUUUAAACCUUUUAACCCAAGGGGGGAGGGCACCGGACCGGUAGACCCCCCAUCCCUUACCAUCGCAACGAUCCACCACUGCUUUAUGUUAGACGUUUUCAUUGCUAAGUAACAUAAGGAUCAAUUGUCUUCCUAUUUAUUAGGUAAUUCCUUUAUCCUCAAUUAACAUUUCUUCAAAAACUUCUGAUAUAACAGUCGGUUGAAUAUAACUAUCCUUUUUUUGAUUCUCAAAGACUUCCAUACCGGAAAAAAUUUGUAGCGAGAGAAUGAAAAGCUGGUUUGCUAUCUUCACUGCAGCGUUUUCGUUUGCUUUUACCGGCGCAGUUUUCCGUUCAGAAGACAAAAACGAUGGAAAUUACAAGCGUUUUGAAGGCAAGCGGUUAAACGAAUCGAUCAUUGCGAUCCAGAAUGUGGACGACAAUAUAGACUGCGCCCUUCUCUGCACAGAACAUCCACAAUGCCUUUCGUUCAACUUCAAGAGCCCGGAUGUGUGCGAGCUAACGUCAUCAGAUGGUUAUAGCGGAGGUGUGAUUGACAGACUCCUUGACGACCUGACAUCAGUGUUUUACCGGGACAAUGAAGCAAUGGAGAGCCGCAGUUGCCUGGACUACUUGAGGCGGGGACGAAAAGAAAAUGGCAAAUACCUCAUCUAUGUUCCUGGUUUUGACAAUUUGAGACGGGUCAUUUGUGACUUCACUACCGAACCCGGGUGGGCCUGGACCCUACUAAUGUCUUUUGCGCGUAAAAAUUGGCUUAUUCCUGCAUUCCUUGAGGUAGGACUGAAUAAAGAAUAUGGCUACGGGAUUGUUCAUUUAGACUUAGAAAAGUACAGAAUGACUUUAGCUGAGAUGCGAGGCGUCAGAGAUAUAUCCACCCAUGUCCGCGCUACCACAAACUACAGUCCAAACCAAGGUAUCUCGACCCGGGAUUAUGUACGUGCGAAGAUCUCCAAUCUUGACCCGACAACGUUCUUAGGUUUAGGCACGUGCAUCAAGGUGGAGCUUAUCAGCAUUCGCGGUGUCCCCGGGACAGAUAUCACAGUCCCCUUUUGGCAAAAGGAUACUAUUAUACUGCACACUGAUGUGAGCCAUGGCGAAUGUGCCUAUGACAAUCCAACCCCACAGUUUCCAUACAGUGCAAACUAUUUCGGCAGGUACGGAGAAUGGACACGGGAUUCUCUGGGUGCGCAACCGAUGACAGCACCACGCAGUGGUGGUUCGGCGUAAAGCUGUCCGACUAACGGGGGGGGGGGGAUAAAGAAUAGGUUGAAAGAAAUGGAAUUGCAAGACAUCACGGAAAAAUAUGUUAUGACGCUUCAAAUAAGACCAUUUAACAUCUAAUAAGGGGAAAAAUUUCUAUAAGUACUUAGCGAGUUAUAACAAACAAAAUAUCAAAUGCGCCUUCUUUUUAAUUGAUGCCAAUUCUUUCGUCCCUGAGCCAUACAUAGCACAAGGAUGAUCAAGAAAAAAUAUCAAAAAACCAAAAUCUCGGUAUGUGCACCACGGUCUCACGUUAUUUGUUGUUACUGAAAAUUAGCCCGUAAUACAAGGAACCGAUGGCCAUUGUAA